GGAAAAGCGUUUAUCCUAGUGCCCACUUCAGACACACUGAAAAACUAUGAAGAUCAUCUUCUUCUUCACUUUUCUGGGAGCUGCUGUUGCUCUCCCUGCUAACAGUGAUGACAAGAUUGUUGGAGGCUACACAUGUCCGAAGCAUUCGGUUCCUUACCAGGUGUCUCUGCAUGAUGGCAUUAGCCAUCAGUGUGGUGGAUCCCUUAUCAGUGAUCAGUGGGUACUGUCUGCUGCUCACUGCUACAAAAGAAGACUCCAGGUUCGCCUUGGUGAACACAAUAUUGAUGUCCUUGAGGGUGGUGAGCAAUUUAUUGAUGCAGAAAAGAUCAUUCGACACCCCGAGUAUAACAAGGACACUGUGGACAAUGACAUCAUGCUGAUUAAAUUGAAGUCACCUGCCAUCCUUAACUCCCAAGUAUCCACAGUUUCUCUGCCCAGAUCCUGUGCAUCUACAAAUGCUCAGUGCCUUGUUUCUGGCUGGGGAAAUACUGUGAGCAUUGGUGGAAAAUACCCAGCACUCCUUCAAUGUCUGGAAGCUCCUGUCCUCUCUGCCAGUUCUUGCAAAAAAUCCUACCCAGGCCAGAUUACCAGCAAUAUGUUCUGCCUGGGAUUCCUGGAGGGUGGAAAGGACUCCUGUGAUGGUGAUUCUUCUGGUGGACCUGUGGUCUGCAAUGGAGAGAUCCAGGGUAUUGUCUCCUGGGGUUCAGUCUGUGCAAUGAGAGGGAAGCCUGGUGUUUACACCAAAGUCUGCAACUACCUAAGCUGGAUUCAGGAGACCAUGGCGAACAACUGAUUUCUCUUGCCUUCCAUAAAUCAUCUAUUUCUUAUCCAUUUCUCUUUCUUCUUAUCCCUGAAAUGAGGUUGAAAUAAAUACAUUUCUGCUGCUCUACAUCUAAUAA